GAGCGCAUCAGAGGAAGGAAGGAGAGGAGGAGAGACCUCGAGAUACUGGUGCCCAGUCAGAGCCGGACUGAGAAACGGACUCCAGCUCUGGGAGCCUCUCAACAUCUUUUGGGGGACCUCAGUAAUAGUGAACAUGGGGACUGUCACUGAAGCUGUCCUCAAGAUGUUACUUCUGUUAUCUACUCAGAACUGGAGCAGAGUGGAAGCGGGGAAUUCCUAUGAUUGUGAUGAUCCCUUGGUGUCUGCUUUGCCUACGGCAUCCUUCAGCAGUUCUUCUGAGCUCUCUAGCAGUCAUGGCCCUGGGUUUGCAAGGCUGAAUCGAAGAGAUGGAGCUGGUGGCUGGUCUCCACUUGUGUCGAACAAGUACCAGUGGUUGCAGAUUGACCUUGGGGAGAGAAUGGAGAUCACCUCUGUGGCCACCCAAGGGGGAUAUGGGAGCUCCAACUGGGUAACCAGCUACCUCCUGAUGUUCAGUGACAGUGGAAGGAACUGGAAACAAUAUCGACAAGAAGACAGCAUCUGGGGCUUUUCUGGAAAUGCAAAUGCUGACAGUGUUGUAUACUAUAGACUCCAGCCUUCCAUCAAAGCCAGAUUUCUGCGCUUCCUCCCCCUGGAAUGGAACCCCAAAGGUAGAAUUGGAAUGCGAAUUGAGGCCUUUGGGUGUGCAUACCGAUCAGAGGUGAUGGAUCUUGAUGGAAAAAGCUCCCUUUCCUACAGAUUUGAUCAAAAAUCUAUGAGCCCAAUAAAAGAUAUUAUUUCUUUGAAGUUUAAAACCAUGCAGAGUGAUGGGAUUCUACUCUACAGGACAGGGUCAAAUGGAGAGCACACCAUGUUAGAAUUAAGAAGAGGAAAGCUCUUUUUACUUAUUAAUUCAGGGGAAGCUAGACUGCUUUCCACGCCCACCCUGAUCAACCUCACCCUGGGCAGUCUUCUGGAUGACCAGCACUGGCAUUCUGUACUCAUCCAGAGACUGGGCAAGCAGGUCAACUUCACUGUGGACGAACAUAGGCGUCACUUCCACACACAGGGAGAAAUGAAUUAUCUGGAUCUUAAUAAUGAGAUCAGCUUUGGAGGGAUUCCAGCACCUGAAAAAUCAGUGUCAUUCCCACAUAAGAACUUUCAUGGAUGUUUAGAAAAUAUCUAUUAUAAUGGAGUGAAUGUCAUUGACUUGGCUAAGCAACAAAGCCCACAGCUCAUCAUUAUGGGAAAUGUGACAUUUUCCUGCUCACAACCGCAGUCAGUGCCUCUGACUUUUCUGAGCACCAGGAGUUACUUAGUGCUGCCAGCUUCCUCCAAACAGGAUGAGAUUUCAGCCAGUUUUCAAUUCCGAACUUGGAACAAGGCAGGACUUUUGCUCUUCAGUGAACUUCAGCUGCUCUCAGGCGGUCUCCUGCUCUCGCUUAGUGAUGGGAAACUGAAGCUGAAUCUUUACCAGGCAGGAAAAUUGCCCAGUGACAUCACAGCAGGUGUUGGAUUAAAUGAUGGCCAAUGGCACUCUGUCUCCUUGUCAGCUAGAAGGAAUCACCUGAGUGUGGCAGUAGACGAUCAUGUGACCUAUGCUUCUCCUUUGCUGGGGCCUGAGCAGAUUUACUCAAAUAGUACCUAUUAUUUUGGAGGUUGUCCAGACAAAAGCUUUGGAUCAAACUGUAAAAGUCUCCUCGGUGGGUUUCAGGGAUGUAUGAGACUUAUUUCCAUUAGCAACAAAAUGGUAGAUCUGAUUGCAGUCCAGCAGGGGGCCCUUGGGAACUUCAGUGACCUUCAGAUAGACUCCUGUGGCAUCUCAGAUAGGUGUCUGCCCAACUAUUGUGAGCAUGGUGGUGAAUGUUCUCAGUCCUGGAGCACCUUUCACUGUAACUGCACAAAUACUGGGUACUCGGGAGCGACUUGCCACAGCUCUAUCUAUGAGCAGUCAUGUGAAGCUUAUAAACACAAAGGAAAUACUUCUGGAUUUUACUAUAUAGACUCAGAUGGAAGUGGUCCUCUGGAACCAUUUCUGCUUUAUUGCAAUAUGACUGAAACGGCAUGGGCCAUCAUACAGCACAAUGGCUCUGAUUUAACCAGAGUAAGAAACACUCACCCCGAGAACCCAUACACGGGGGUUUUUGAAUAUGUGGCCAGUGAGGAACAACUCCAGGCCACAAUUAAUCGUGCGGAGCACUGUGAACAGGAGCUUGCUUACUAUUGCAAGAAGUCACGGCUUGUUAAUCAUCAGGAUGGAACCCCUUGGAGCUGGUGGGUUGGAAUAACUAAUGAGACACAAACUUACUGGGGAGGUUCUUUGCCUGAUCCUAAAAAAUGUACAUGUGGCUUAGAAGGAACCUGCAUUGAUGCUCAGUAUUACUGUAAUUGUGAUGCCGACCGGAGUGAAUGGACUAAUGACACUGGAUUCCUCUCUUAUAAGGAACAUCUUCCGGUAACAAAGAUAGUGAUUACAGACACAGGUCGGCCACAGUCAGAAGCUGCUUAUAAACUUGGGCCUCUACUCUGCCAGGGAGACAGGUCAUUUUGGAAUGCAGCUUCCUUCAAUACUGAGGCUUCAUACCUUCAUUUUCCCACUUUCCAUGGAGAGCUUAGUGCUGAUGUGUCUUUCUUUUUUAAGACUACGGCUCUAUCUGGGGUGUUUUUAGAGAAUCUGGGAAUCACUGAUUUUAUUCGAAUAGAGCUCCGCUCUCCCACAACAGUGACCUUUUCAUUUGAUGUGGGGAAUGGGCCUUUUGAAAUCUCAGUGCAGUCACCCACCCACUUCAAUGACAAUCAGUGGCAUCAUGUCAGAGUUGAAAGGAACAUGAAAGAGGCGUUCAUUCAGGUGGAUCAGCUCCCGCCAAAGAUUCAAGCAGCUCCCACUGAUGGGCAUGUCCUUUUACAGCUCAACAGCCAACUCUUUGUGGGUGGGACAGCCACCCGACAGAGGGGCUUCCUGGGUUGCAUGAGGUCUCUGCAGUUGAAUGGGAUGGCACUGGAUCUGGAAGAAAGGGCCAUGGUGACCCCGGGGGUGCAGCCGGGCUGUCGAGGACAUUGUGGCAGCUAUGGGAAGUUAUGUCGCAAUGGAGGGAAGUGCCGGGAAAAGCCCAGUGGAUUCUUCUGUGACUGCUCCUUUUCUGCCUACACAGGGCCAUUCUGCUCCAAUGAGAUUUCUGCACAUUUUGGAUCUGGCUCAUCCAUGAUUUACAAUUUUCAAGAAAAUUAUUCUUUAAGUAAAAACUCCAGCUCCCAUGCUGCUUCAUUUCAUGGUGAUAUGAAGCUGAGCAGAGAAAUGAUCAAAUUUAGCUUCCGAACAACACGGGCACCCAGCUUACUGCUUUAUAUGAGUUCCUUUUACAAAGAGUACCUUUCGGUUAUCAUUGCCAAAAACGGAAGUUUGCAGAUAAGGUACAAGCUAAACAGGUAUCAAGAACCUGAUGUUGUUAACUUUGACGUUAAGAAUAUGGCAGAUGGGCAACUUCACCAUAUAAAGAUUGACAGAGAAGAAGGCGUGGUCUUUGUGGAGAUUGACGAGAAUAUAAGGAGGCAAGUCUACCUUUUGUCAGGAACAGAAUUCAGUGCAGUCAAAUCUCUGGUACUGGGCAGGAUGUUAGAGCGCACUGAUGUAGACCAGGAGACAGCAGUAGCUGCAGCGCAUGGCUUCACAGGCUGCCUCUCUGCAGUACAGUUCAGCCACGUGGCUCCCCUGAAGGCUGCUCUUCAUCCUGAACACUCAGGCCCUGUCACCAUGACAGGCCACGUGACAGAGUCCAGCUGUUUGUCCCCAGCUGGCACGGAUGCCACAUCAAGGGAAAGAACACACUCAUUUGCAGAUCAUUCUGGAACAAUGGAUGAUAGAGAACCUCUCACUCAUGCAAUCAGAAGUGACUCUGCAGUGAUUGGAGGUCUGAUAGCUGUUGUGAUCUUUAUCCUGCUUUGCAUCGCUGCCAUAGCUGUUCGCAUUUAUCAGCAGAAAAGGUUAUACAAAAGAAAUGAGGCAAAAAGGUCAGAGAAUGUAGACAGUGCUGAGGCUGUUUUGAAAAGUGAGCUUAAUAUCCAAAAUGCAGUCAAUGAAAAUCAGAAAGAGUACUUCUUCUGAUUGGCAGCAGUGAUUUUACCUACGUGAUGAGUUCGUUCUCAUAGCCAGGAGCGCUCAGUGGACAAGAACUGAUCUAACCCUCAGUAUAGUGGUGAUGGACUCGAGCAUUGCCCAGGCUCGGGAUGGCUUCAGAGGCCUCAUCCAGUGACGUAUUUCUCAUCAUAAUCAUUCUAUGUAACAAUGGAGCUCGAUAUUGCUGUUAAUUUCCAACUCUUCUAGUCUAAUUGAAAACAAGUUUAACUUGCUUAUUGGCUACAGUUUUUAAAACAUGAAAAGUGUAUCCCCAGUCUCUUCACUAUGUAACAUGCAAGUUUUGUUAGAGGUAAGAAACCAAAACUGGACUAUAACAACCUUGCUUUAUUUGAGAACAUAUGCUGUGUAUGCUUUUGUCUUCCUAUGGUGUUGUUCAUGGACCUGGAAAUGCUUCUGAGAUCCUCUUUGGCUGGUGUUUGCAUCUUCAGCGGCCAAAGUCUAUAAAUAAAACCCCUUUGCCUUUCUCUGUAUUACAUCCAAUACAUCAGUAGUCCAAAAAAAAAAAAAUUGUUCUGUUGUCUUUGGCUGUUUUGUAUUGCUCUUUUUCUAUUUGACUCUUCUAAAUGAUUUUUAAUGGAUUUGGUUUUCAGUGUCUGACUUGAACUCUGAACAUGCAAUUCAUAUAUAUAAAGAUUCAGAAAAUACAGUGGUUGUCAGUAUGUGAUGUCAUUGCUUUUAACAGGUUUUUAUUUAAUUUAUUGUCACUGUUUGAUUAUGACCACUUAAAUCUCUGAAUUAUUGCAGUUUCCCAAAGACUGCAAAAUGUUUUCAAUUAAACUUGUUGCCACAACAAACUUGUCUUAAUAUGACACAAAUACUUUAAAAUUACAAGUGUAAUACCCCACAUAUGAUUCCAGGAAAAAUUUCCCCUAAAUUAGUCAGUUUUGUAGGUUUUUGUUUGUUUGUCAUUAUUUUUUUUUGAUCUCUCAUGACUAUAUUCCAUGGAGUAUCUAUCUAUCUAUCAUCUAUCCAUCUAUCUGCUAUCUAUCAUCUACCUAUCUCUCUGUCAUCUAUCUAUCUAAUCUAUCAAUCUAUUUAUGCAUAAUGAAAAAGAAGAAUAAAACAAAUUCAAACGUAAAGUUCCACUUCUCAUUCUAAACACACACACACACACACACACACACACACACACACACAUUCUUUUGGGCAUGGAUUUUGCUGAUUAUUGCCAUCUAAUAUGCAUUUUGAAGUUUUAUUUGUAAUCAUACUCUUGCUCAUACAGAACCAGUAGACUGUUUACUUCUCACUAAAUUAAAUUUUCUCUCUAUUAUAUGAUCUAAAGUAAACCUGCCAUUCUAGUCAUGUUUUUGUGUAGAAUGAUUGGGUCAAUUUCUCAAAAGAGUGCCCAUAAUCAGUGUAAUCCACUAGCUAUCCCAUUCUGAUUUAUGAUCAUGUAUACAUCAGGAAAUGGAACUUUAUGGAACUUUUACAGGAAUUGAUUAAGCCAGGUAAAGAAGAUAGUUGCAUGGAACUGCAUCUGAAUUCUACAAGCCAAUUAAAUAACAAAGGCACUUUGUUUUCCCUUUCACACCUUCAAGUGCCUCCCAGUAAAAACUAAAUUCUUCUUUUGUGUGUAACAGAAAACCUGAAAGUAUGUAAACCCAGUAUUAUCAUCUUUUUUCCUUGUUAACUCUUAGAGAAUCUGCUUGUCUUGUCUCAAAGCACCUUGUCCAUAUUGACGUUUCUGUAAAUGCCUGACUGAAUUUUAGAGGACCUGCAUUAACAUAGCUGUUGAAGAAAGAUGUGUGGGUAAAUGGUAUACAUUUUUCUUUCUAAAUUGGAAGAGCUGUGGUAGCAAGAGAAGGAUUUUACAUAGAAAUCAUAGUAUUUAAUGUAAAGAAGAAUGUAGCUAUGAUUGCAGCUCUGGAUAUUUUUAAAGUAUUUGUUCUAUUUAGUGGCAGAAUUGGCAUUGUUGGUAGCUGGAAUGUAGGUGGGCUUACAAAUCGUGAAGCCACAGAGUUCUCUGUAGUCUGUACUGCUAAAGACUGUAACAGGAUGGUGUUGCAAUGCAUUGAUAUGUUACAUGCCAUUGAUUUCCUAGUUUGUAAUAAAUUCCUUGCUUUUUCUUAAUGAAAAGCAUUUUUGAAA